GUUAAAUCUGACGUGUCUUUGUUGAUAAUCUGAGGACAAACAGGAAGUGCUUCUAGAGGCAGAAGGUCUGGACGAAACAACAACACAGUAAAAAUGGCAGACGGUUUCGAUCCUUGUGAGUGCGUCUGGAAUCAUGAACAUGCCAUGCAGAGACUCAUUAACUUGCUGAGAAACACACAGACAUAUUGUACAGAUAAUGAGUGUCUGACAGAUUUGCCUGGUGCCAAUACAGCCCCAGAUGGCGGUUUAAACAACAUGAUGCUGAUGAUGAUAGGUUGGGUAGUGUUGGCCACAGCUCUCUUCCUGUUUCGCCCAAGGAGCAUGAGAAACACUGGCGAUUCCAAACCAGCCAGGAAUAAUGACCCAAGUCCUCCACCGCCUGGUCCCUCUGUCAACUGAAAAGGGAAACUUAGAGUGAAGGGUUGUAAUCUCACAAUGGCUGGACUCCUAACUACAUAUUCUCUCUUAUCAUCUGGUGAAGGACACUAACAUUUCAUUUCCACAAUAUUUUCGUCUCAACAAGGUGCCAUAUUUUUUUAACAAAGUCAUGUACAAUAUACUUGUAAAGGCACCUGUUUUCACUGCUGUGGUGUAAAGAACAUUUUUACUUCAAUGGAGAAAAUGAGGAAAAAAAUUGAAUCAACAUGUUGAUGUCAAACAGAAAAACACUCCAGGCCAUUAUAUACACACAACCUGAGCAUUUUUGUUGUGACUUAGUGGAUUUUUCACAUACUGACACUUUUUUGAGAUUCAUAGAAAAUAUAUUAUAAAAAAGCUAUAUGCGUAGGAGGUGAGUUCAUUUAUGCAAAUUUUUAAUGCUUUAGAUGUUUUUCUCAGUUAUAGAUAUUGUAUGAAGUAUAUUAUAGUUAUUUAAUAUAUGGAAAAAGCUUGAAGUGAUAAUCAUAUCACCAAAAACCAUUAGCAUUUAUUGAUAAUUAAAGAAACACAUUUGGCCUAAAAAUAAAGUGUUUCUGCUCAUCCUAUAUACCAACCCUGAAUGUCUUUGAUCUACCUUGAAGUUAUUUUGGCCUUUUUCGAGAAACAACUAUGAAGUCAAAAUUCUAACAUUGAAGUAAUUGUUUGAAAGUUUCUGAUAAAUGUUUACAAGUCCAAAAACUACAAACAAUUCUAAUAAAAAUAGCUUAUUAAUAAGAUGUGUCAUUAAACUAUAAACUCAGUCACGUGCCUUUAAGAAAUCUAAAAUGGAAAAGAUGUAAUAGCUUUUUUCAUUGUUAUUAACGCAAGUUUAAUGCCUUGCAAAGAUUUUGUGGGAUUUCUUUACCAUCUUUUGUUGCUGAUUGUAAUGAAUUUAUUAGAAAGUGUUAAAAUGAAUGCAAUGGUAAAUUGGCUGACGUAUUGAUUUUUGGAGUUUUUAAAAUUGGGGCUCUGGUAGAUUUCAGAAUUCUUUGGACUGGCUUUUUUUUCUCUGCAUUUUAGUAAAGUGCUAUAUUGACCCAAACUUGUUUAUAAAAUGUUUCAAUAGUUUUAAUAGUAGAAAUUCAUCAUUGUGUAUAUUGUAAUAUCAUUAUGCUUCAAAAAUACGAAAUCUACAAAUUUUAACCAUAACAGUUGAACCUAAAUUAUGUUUUUGAUCAUGACAUAAAUUUAAGGAAAAAAAAUGAAUAAAUAAAAACAAUCUCUAAUAUCUUAUGACAACAUUCAUGGUAUACGUAUGUAUCAUAUUUUGAGAACAUACUUCACAAAUCUUUUAAUAGAAAUUAUAAUUUUAAACGGCUGCUCUAUCUUAAUGUAACAAUUGAAAUCAUACUGCUGGGUAGUAUAUGGUUUUGAACAGCUAACAUAGAAAAAUCUACAAGAUAAGCAUGGCCAAGUUCAUAGUAGCCUGAAAGGAAAAGGUUAAAAUAAAUAAAGCCUAGGGUAAACAUGUAACACACUGGGUUGUUGAUAUAAGUUGAUUUAAUUGACAAACCAUAAUUGGCUUUAUCAUGUUAAAACAUCAUCAAUGGGACACAAUAGUUAUAUAAUUGUAAAUCUGUUGAUCAUGGGUGGGCAGCAUGUUUUCAAUCCAGGUUUAACGAAAUAUUUAACAUUACUUAAUCCUCCAUUUUCAUGUCCGGCAAGAUAAGGUUUAAAGUUUAAGUUUGAUCGUACCAAGAAUGUUACAUAUGUGAAGCUACAGCAAAGUGUUACUAUAAAUAGAUAUAUAGUGAUGUCAUUUACUGCUGUUAUGGUACUGAAUGAGAGUGCUACAAACACGGAGGCUAAGCACACAUUCCCAACACCACAGUUCAUGUGUAGUACUAACAACACGUGUGUAAAAUACACAUUUGUAGACUAUGGGGUAAGGAAUAUGUGGUGAGCCAGCUCUGUGACUACAAAUAUGUAUUUUAUUUCCUCAAAGUUGGAUAUUAGUAAAUGGUUUAAUGGUGCAUUGAUCCGUGAUGAAUGUUUGGCUGUAUGGUAGUAUUGUAUGUAAGUUGAUUAAUCUGCUGAUGAUUGAGAUUUCAGAUGGUGUGAAAUUUGUGUGAAAGCUUGAGAAAGAGAGAUACAACAUAAUUCAUGUAUAUACAUGUAGUAGUAUAAAAAAACAAUUAAAAGAGGUUAUGAUUUAUAGUAAACGAAUCGUGUAAUAAUGUAUAUUUUGGAAUAUAAUUAUGUAUUAUAUAUGGUAACAUUUGAAUUUCUUUUUACUAAAAUUUUUCCUUUGUUUCAUUUACU